GUGUGAACCACUACUUUUUUUCUCUGCUUCUGCUGCUGCUUCUGCUGCUGCCUCCACAUCCGCCUGUGCCACCAUGUCAACUACCAAAGUCUCGUAAUCCUGCAGGUUCGUCGACAUCAUUCGAUAAUUCCAUCUUCUCUUUUUCGUUAUCCACAAUGAUGGCUAUGUCUUUGAGUCUUCUGUGAGGGCCAACACAAACUCCUCCCUCAUCACCUUCAGCGACGCGGUCGCGACUGCCGUCGCGGGUUCUAGCCCACAAGGAAGUCGCACACGCACACACGCGGAAGGAAGGCACACCGAUAGUUGGCAUCUUAUGCACAUGCGCCUUCCCCGGCACAUGAACUUGAUCAGAUAAACUCUUUCUUUACCACCACCUCCACCUCGACCACCUCGACCAACACCAUCCUAUCCUCACCUUCGCCUCUUCACCUGCUCGAUGUCAUAUCCUUACCCUAUCCCUGCCACGCCCAGGGUCAUUUCUCCAUCUCCAACCCCAUCCGAAGCCUCCGACCUACAAGAUUCUUAUUUCGCUCCGGUCACGAGAUCUGCCGCCAAAUCUCAAAGACAGAAAUCUCCUCAUCCAGAACCAAUUCAUGAAGAGAAAGAUGGCUCCGGGUCAGAUUCGAGUAUUGACAAGAGAGCCCGAGCCCGGUCGAGAAGUCCUAUCUUGACACAAGCCACACAGUUGAAUGGUACCACCGGCAAGCGAAGGCGCAUGAGCGGCCUCACCACCAAGACCCCAGUUGCCAAAUCCGAACCACUAACCAACGGGUCCAUCCUACCGUCCCAAUCCAACGGCCAUCUAUCUCCCUACGAUCGAGUCAAAAAAUCAUGGCGCGAGUUCUCCCGUUCACCCUCACCGCUCGGCUUGAUCCCCUUGCACCGUCAUUAUCGCACCUUUAUUCAUAAACACGAAAUCCCCCGCAAAGCCCUCCAUGUCUCCAUCGGCUUUUUCACCCUACGCUUUUAUACAUCAGGAUUGCAGACCACCGCCAUCACCCCAUGGCUGUUAGGUGCUCUUGCCAUCAUUGCCCCGACAGAUCUUCUCAGACACCAUUCCGACCGCUUCAACAGGUUCUACAUCCGCGUCUUGGGGGCUUUUAUGCGUGAGACCGAAGUUGAUGGGUAUAAUGGUGUGAUCUGGUAUCUGGUCGGUGCUGUGAUCGCCCUCCAAUUCUACCCCAAAGAUAUCGGUGUCAUGUCUAUCCUCCUUCUCUCUUGGUGUGAUACCGCCGCCAGCACCUUUGGUCGUCUCUACGGCCGUUAUACUAUCCGCCUACGAAGAGGCAAAUCCCUUGCAGGUUCUCUUGCCGCAUUCGCCACGGGUGCACUCGUCGCUCUAUAUUUCUGGGGUUGGUUGGCGCCUAGAACAGGACCAUUCCCAGAUGAUCCUGCCAACGGAUUCAUGUAUCAGAACAGACUGUCUCUACCCUCGCAGGUCAAGGAACUCCUCGGUUGGGGACCGGACCAGGGAGUAUUGGUGGGCAACCCAGCCUUGGCAGUCAUGAGCGUCUGCACCGGGCUAGUCGCCAGUCUUUCCGAGCUGAUAGACAUCUGGGGAUGGGACGACAACCUGACCAUUCCUCUUCUCAGCAGUGCAGGACUGUGGGCGUUUUUACGGUUCUUUGGAUGAAACAGGGCAUCAGACUGAACGCAAACAUACUCGCAAGAGGUAGCUGGAGGGGUGGGAAUGUGAUUUCAUGUCAUUUUCGUUUUUUCAUAGCAAGCCGCGACAUCUCCCAGGUUGAUGCAUAUGUGUAUAUUUCUGUGUUGGGUUGGACAAGUGAUAUAGUUGAGGGUCCUGAAUGUCCCACGAGAGGCAUGAGUUCACGACUUAAGAUACCUUGACCUCUAAGAUGUUGAAGUGAUUGAGUGGGUGGUGGAAAUGCCCAGUAGAUAGAUAACCUCUAAGAUGAGAUAUUCCAAUCCAAACAAUUCCAACAAUGAAA